CUAAUUUAUUGAAAAUACUAAAUCCAGAAAUGAUUCAUGAAAUCAGCUUAGGAUUAUCUUCAGCUUCAUUCUCGGUAUUUACCUCCACACUUGUAACAAAACUCAAAUCCACACCUACAAGUGAUGUGGUCGCAUCCUUCUUUCUUCUGGAUCCAGAACUUGCAUUGGCUGCAUUGCUGGAACUUUGUCAGCUUGGCCAAGGUGUAAAAGGUCAAAUCGCCAGGACUGGCCUCUUUAUACUUGGAGAAGUCUUUACAAGUCCAUUCAACAUGCCACUGAGUUUUACAUUCGAGGCAAACAUCUUUGGAGCAAGUUGGGCAAUGCUGGUGUGGAGAGAGUCCUUUUACAGCAUCCCAUUCAAACACAUUAGUGCAGUCAGGACUUGGGCAGAAAUGAUAGAAAGCUGAGUUUUGUUCAACGAAUAACUCUAACUGGAACCUUUCCAAUUUCUCAAGGAGCUCAGGAUCUACAAUAUCUCUUAGAUCAGAUUCAGCCACUUGCUGCUUGCAUUCCUGAAGAGGACAUUUGAUUGGCAAAGACUUAGAAUGAAUCUCAAGAUUGAGAUAAGUCUCAAUACAUUCUGUGUGGAACAUGUGUCCACACUCAAUGAGUGUGAGAUCUUUGAAACAAAUCUGGCUGAAUCAUAUCGGGCAUUUUGGUAAGCAGUCAUCUCCGCUUUUUUGAUGUCCUGACUUUACUAAGGAUUCCUUGAUUGAAUCAUUCGAGAGAAAAGAACUGCAAAUCUCUUUGAAUACUGAAUUGGCUGAUUCCUCUCAGUACUUCUUCUUUGAGAUGAAAGUGAACUCUGAGCUUGAGUCAGUGUAAUAAUAUCUGAAGAUACCCCUAUUAUCCAGUUGUUUAUCUAAUGCUGGGUUGCAAUCUUGAGUACCUUCAUACUUCAUAAGAUCGCAAGACUCAGGUCCUAAUACAGGCUCUUUUGGUGCUGAUGAAAUUUUUGAACCUCACUUGUCCAUGUCAAGAUUAAUCGUUUAUCCUGAAAAUUAACAUUAAAAACGGUUUGAAAGGAGAAAACUCAACUCAAAUGUGCUUUGC